UGAAGUUUAUUUAAACUGUGAUCUUCAUAGAUGAAUUGAUUAUGUCCAAGAAUUCGGGUUCAUGAAACUGUUACUGUGCACCAAAUUGAACAUUGACCAGUUGACCGCCUAGGAACUCUACCCUCAUGGAGUCAAUCCGAUCAAAGUUCUCCUACAUCUUAGGAGGAAUAUUUGUGGUUAUUGCCAUUAUCAUGACAGAAACAUGGGUCCUUUCUUUGGAUUUUCAAACAAGGGGUCGCAUACUUAGAGCCCAAUUUGUGUUUUUCAUGCAAAUGGCAUUGUUAAUUGCAGAUUGGAUGGUGUGGCGAUCAUUGGCGAACCUUUUUGAUGCUAGGCCAACGCCAUCACUACGGAACAGCUUUGUGUCUAAGACAUGGAAAGCAUUUCUAGUUCUGUAUUCACUUCUAGUCCAUUCAAGUUACUUGUGUAAUGUUUUGUUUGUUAGAACGGAGCCAGUUUUGUUUUCUAUUGUUGCCUAUUUAUGUCUAGCUGUACAAUUUCAAUUUGUAUUCAUCAUCAUUCUUUUUAAAUUGUUUGAAUUAUCAUGUAAAGUUUUGAAAGGCAAAGCAUUCCUCAAUAAGAGGAUAUACCUUGUGGCAUUUAUCCUGAUUUUCUUUCUAACUGGGUAUGGUUUCACAAACUCGCAGAAGCCACCUGUGAUAAAAAAUGUAAGAAUUCCAAUUAGAAACCUACCUCAAAAUCUCGAAGGAUUUACCAUAACAAUGUUGUCAGACAUACACCUUGGCCCUACUGUUGGAAAAAGCAAAUUGGACAGAAUUGUUUCCAUGGUAAACAGUUUAAAUGCAGAUACUGUGGUCAUUGUUGGAGAUCUAGUUGAUGGACCAGUGGAAGCAUUACGAGAGUCCUCUAAGAGUCUUACCAAUAUCAAAUCAAGAUACGGAAUACACUACGUGACAGGGAAUCAUGAGUACUAUACCAUGGAUACUGAUAACUGGUUAGCCCACCUGGAUUCCCUAGGAAUCAAGGUCCUCCACAACAGUAACAGGCAGAUCCCCCAAGGAGUGGAUCCAAAGGAGCAGAUAUGUAUGGCAGGAACUGAUGACAUUGAGGCAGACAGGAUCAUGUAUGAUCACCAUGGAUUCAAAUUGGACGAUGCACUAAAGGGAUGUAAUCCAGGACAACCCAUCAUCCUCUUAGCACAUCAACCUAAAGCAGCUAAAAUGGCACUUCAGUCUGGUCAUCAUAUAGACUUAGUCCUCUCAGGUCACACACAUGGUGGGCAGUUUCCCCCUGUAGUUUUUGGAGCCUACCUCUUCAAUCCAUUUUAUGCUGGAUUAUAUCGCUAUGGAGACAACAGUCAUGUUUAUGUUUCCAUGGGGACGGUAUACUGGGGCUUUCCGGUCCGCAUCAUGACAACUCAGGAAAUCACAUUUAUCACUUUAUAUGCUGUCUGAACAAACAUUCUUUCAUGUAUUUUUCUUGAUCUCAAAUUUUAAAAUUGAAUGUAUUUAAGUAUGAGUGCUUUGGAUGAG